UGGAAGGUGGGCGGAGCCGAUCUGUCCCGAAUGGGCUGAACACAGUGGAUGCUUGAAAAGUGUGGUGAUCUUCUUAGUCUAUCGCUGCAUGGUGAAGGAAAGAACGAGAGUAUGAGUGGUUUCUCCAGAUCCUGAGCAAAAUCGCACUAAUUAUCUGCACAUUGUUAUCUGUCAGUCCAUUCUUUCUCGUCCAUCUGCGUGGGUCGUUCUGCCAUCUGGAUCUGGGCGGUGGAUAUAUGGAGAUCUGCUAGUGUGGCUGGUGUUUUGUGGACGUGGGACACACGAUGGCCGUGGCACUGGAUGCAGUGUGGGUGCGAGUGAAAGGGGUCUGUAAACAGAAUGGCCUGCUCAUCCUCUCAGUGUUGGCCGUCAUUAUCGGAUGUCUGCUCGGCUUCUUCUUGCGCUCCAAAAACCUCUCGGAGCAGGAAGUGAAAUACUUCCAGUUUCCUGGAGAGCUGCUGAUGAGGAUGUUGAAGAUGUUGAUUUUGCCUCUGGUCGUGUCAAGUCUGAUGUCAGGUCUGGCUGCGCUGGAUGCGAAGUGUUCCAGUCGGCUGGGUCUCAUCACCGUCUCUUACUACCUGUGGACCACAUUCCUGGCUGUGGUGGUGGGAAUCGUCAUGGUGUUAAUCAUCCAUCCGGGCGGAAUGGCACAGAAGGAAGACUCUGAGGACAGCGGGAAACCCAUCAUGAGCUCCGCCGAUGCUCUCCUGGAUCUCAUACGAAACAUGUUUCCAGCCAAUCUUGUUCAAGCCACUUUUCAACAGUAUCGUACCAACAGUAUGCCCAUAAUGAAGACCCCCAAGACGACAGUGGCCACCAGUCUAACAGAAACCACCACUCGCCGCGCUCUGAUCUACGGGAUUCAGGAUGAUAACGGGACAGACAUCCAGAACUUCCAGCUGGAUCUGACGCCGCCUCCUGACGUGGUGAUGCGGACGCUUCCUGGCACCAGCGAGGGCAUGAACGUCCUGGGAAUCGUCAUUUUCUCUGCCACCAUGGGCAUAAUGUUGGGCAGGAUGGGUCCAAAUGGCAGUGCUUUGGUGAACUUCUGUCAAAGUCUCAAUGAAGCAGUGCUGAAAAUCGUCGCUAUAGUCAUCUGGUACUUCCCGUUCGGCAUCGUGUUUCUGGUGGCCGGUAAGAUCCUGGAGAUGAGCGACCCGUCCGCGAUGGGGAAGAAACUGGGCUUUUAUGCCAUCACUGUGGUGAUGGGCCUCAUUCUGCACGGCCUCUUCAUCCUGCCCAGCAUGUACUUCUUCAUCACCAAGAAGAGCCCGAUCGUCUACAUCCGAGGAAUCCUGCAGGCCCUGCUCAUCUCACUGGCCACGUCCUCCAGUUCUGCCACUCUGCCUAUCACCUUCAAGUGCCUGCUGGAGAACAACCACAUAGACCGGCGGAUCAUCCGCUUCGUGCUGCCCGUCGGAGCCACUAUCAACAUGGACGGCACUGCGCUGUAUGAGGCUGUGGCAGCCAUUUUUAUCGCACAGGUCAACAACUACGAGCUUGACUUUGGUCAAAUCAUCACUAUCAGUAUUACAGCAACAGCAGCGAGCAUCGGUGCAGCCGGGAUCCCACAGGCCGGCCUAGUCACCAUGGUAAUAGUGUUGACAUCCGUCGGGCUGCCCACUGAUGACAUCACUCUCAUCAUCGCUGUUGAUUGGGCCCUAGACCGAUUCCGCACCAUGGUCAAUGUGAUGGGAGAUGCUCUGGCCACAGGAAUCAUGGCCCAUAUCUGCAGAAAGGACUUCAUUAAAGAGGGAGAUGGGGUCCCUCUCAUCUGUGAAACAAAGCCCAUGACUAACCAGGGUUUGCCGAACUGUCAGCAGAACAAUGGUAGUUUCCAGCCCCCACCAUCAGGGGGCAAACCUGAGCACAUUCCUCCAGACGUGGCCCGUCUCAUGCAGCUGGAAGAAGGGGUCCGUCCGCCGCCUCCUGAUCGGAAAAGGCCACCCAUACCUCCGCGGCACCUGAAACACAGAGACAAGGACCAUUGUGCCAUCGACAUGAACGGUUUGGAGACUAACGUAUAGCGUCCAUCGAAAUCACAGACUGAGAUCGAUCGGACAAAACGAAUCCACUUACAUGGGAACGGAUGACGGGACGUGCAUUAUUUCCUUUCCGUUUUUCUUUGACAGGCGACACAUGGCCUGACCCUGCACAUAUGGGCUACUGCCCCAGUAAUGCCACUGUUGGCAGCACAUCCUGGUUGACCCAUACAGUGUGUUAGAUAAUGCCGGGAUGGGAUGAGAAACCAGGUCAGGGUCCACAACACCAAGCCAACCUGUUUCUAUGGGUCAUAGCGCGAUGCAUUCAAGGCCUUGAGAGCAAAAUUUUUCCUGUAGCGUAAUGCAAGACUGUCAAAAAGCAUGAGUGUAAAUACAACAUAGCUAUGUACUCUAAUGUGUUUUUUAUUUCUCAAGUUUAUAUAUAAUUUUAUAUUUUCUGUCUUGUCUUUUUAAGCAGGCCGUGUAAAAAUAUUGUAAAGCUCGCAGGUGUGUGUGAAGAUCAGUGUUGACUGUGAUAUUGAAUAUUUUAUGUUAUUGGAUAUUCUCCUCUUCCUGUUCAGUGAGGCCCGUUCUCAUGCCACAUCUGUAAAUCAAAUGUUCAGCAAAUUAUUGCUAUGACUAUAUUGAAAAGCACUGAGUAAACCACUCAAGGUAAGAGUUGCUAGCCUGGGAAACUAAAUAAAGGGCGAUCCCAGUCAUAUAUGGACUGUGAAAACUAAAUUUGAGUAUGUAAUGUAGGGUGACCAUACGUGCCAUUUUCCCAGGAUGCAUC